CUAAAAUCAACGACGAAUGUCAGCAAGCAAAAGCAAACGAACUUUACUAGCAGAAGCCAGCAAGCAGUGAAAAGGCGAUUAAAAAUCAUCAGGCUACGGAUUUGCUUUUGAUCCACAACAUUUUUGGAAUAUUGGUAUCGCAGUAAGAUUUUUCGUCGCAAUAAACAACUGUUUGGAUGAAAUUUGUUGAGGAAACUAACUUUUGUCAACUCGUGAAAAGGGGCCAUUAUAGCUUGUAGUGCUUCAGCAGAGAAUGAGUAGAGAGGAGGCAGCAUAAGGAAGCCAUCAUCAAGAAGUGUUCUGGAUCUCUAAUCAAAUCUCAACUCGGAAAGAGACAUCUAGUUCAAAAACACUGACGAGUAAACGAGCGAUAUUGACGUUAUAGCAAAGUUUGUUUGAAACAUGGCGCAGAACAUCAAUCCGGAGCGUGCUGCUUCUUCCAAUCCAUCGAAACAGAAUGAUGAAACAUUGAUAAAUAACAAUAAUCAUGCCGUUAGCAAAAGACUCCAGAAAGAGUUAAUGGCGUUGAUGAUGUCUUCAGAAAAAACCAUCUCGGCGUUCCCCGAAGGUGAGAAUUUCUUCAAAUGGAUUGGCACUAUAUGUGGUCCGGAGGAUACUGUGUACAAAGGCCAAAAGUAUAAACUGCUGCUGGAGUUUCCCAACUCCUAUCCAUACUCGGCCCCGAACGUAAAAUUUCUGACUCCCUGUUUUCAUCCAAAUGUGGAUCUUAGCGGCUCGAUUUGCCUGGACAUUCUAAAAGACAAAUGGUCCGCUCUAUACGACGUUCGAACGAUUCUGCUCUCCAUUCAAUCCCUACUUGGCGAACCCAACAACGACAGCCCGCUCAACUCGCAAGCCUCGCAGAUGUGGGCCAAUCAAGUCGAGUAUAAAAAGUAUUUGGAUGAGUUUUAUGAAAAGCACAAAGAGGCCUAAAGCUCGGCGGAAGCGUAAGAAAAGUAUGAAGUGGUAGAAUAAACGCGAUAUGCAAUGAUGAUGAUCGAAAGUGCAAAAGAAAAAAAAAUAGAACCACGAAGAUGCACACAAAUAGAAGAGAAAAUAUCCAACCAUAACAUUCGGACGCGAUAGGGAGAAACAAAUCACAAUUAAAUAUCGGACAAGGCGGAACAAUGUAAAUUAUUCUAAUUUGAUCAGUUGCUGAGUAGACAACGUAAAACUACUGUUGAGUAUAAUAUUGGACGCAGAGGUAGUCUCCGAUUAUUUUAAAACACCGAUAUAUUUAUUACGAAAACUCGUGUAAACCGUUUAUUGUAUAAUUGAUUUAUGUACUUUGAUCUGUUUUUGGUAUAAUUUAUUUUAACGCCAAAAUUGACUUCUCAUUAGUAUUUAACUUGCAAUUCUAAAUGGCGGAUUUGUCUAAAGUAAUACAGAACCACAUACACACAAACGUAGCAUCAGGGGUAAAAAAAACAGUAAAUAGUCAGUCAUCCACAGAUGCCUAAAUGAAAAACUUCAAACAAUUCCAUUUUACGCUUGAUUUGUUUUGUCAGAAAAUCAUUAAAAUAAAGAAGAAAAGACAGCUUUUGACGACUGGUGCUGAUCGGAAUGAAUAGCAAGGAUUACAUGCAUAUGUCCGCGUUUUUCUAAGUCGGUUCAUGAGUAGGAUGAUUUUAUUUAGUAAUCGAUAGACAAAAACUUGUUCACAGUAUUCGUCCUGCCGCAGAACAGUCGACCAGACUUAUUUCCUUGCAUCGUGUUCAGUUUUCGUAGCUUUCCAUAGUUGAAAUACAAAAGAUAAUAGUAGCGAGAUAGUACGCAUCUACAAGCACUUUUUGCCAACAAAAGUAACACUCCGCACUUUGUAUUUUCCGCUACUCUUCACUCAUAUUACAAUUUCCUUAUUUUAUUAUUAUAGUUUAGGUAUGCAAUUGGUAUCUGUAAACGUAAAUAAAUUGCUAUUAUUCAUCCGGA